AUUGACAGUUGACUAUUCUUGCUCAAACAUAAACUCUAUUCCACCAACUAACUAUUCUGAUUAACACCUAUUUGCAACAGAAUUUGUUCUUACAACAAUUGCAGCAUGCUUGUUAGUAGCGGCAAUAGCCAAAGACACAGACAAAUCUCAUGUCCACCAAGAAUGGCUUACCGGACACUGCCAUCUAUGGCUGCUUCAUCGUCAUCUUCGUCUUCCAAAAAACAUGAUGUUUUUAUCAGUUUUAGAGGCGAGGACACACGCAACAACUUCACAAGCCAUCUUUGUGCUGCUCUUAACCAAAGCAAGAUACAAGUCUUCAUAGACAACAGAAUUUCCAAGGGAGAUGAGAACUCUUCCUCAAUCUUCAAAGCCAUAAGGGAUUCCAAUGUGUCCGUGGUUGUUCUGUCAAAGGACUACGCUUCCUCGACGUGGUGCAUGCGUGAACUCACAAAAAUACUCGAGCAAAAGAGACAUGGUAAGGGCCACAUUGUGGUACCUGUGUUCUAUAAGAUUGACCCUUCACAUGUUAGGAAGCAAAUUGGCACUUACAAGAAAGCAUUUGAGAAACAUGAGAGAGAUGUCAAACACAACAUUCUGCUGAAAUGGAAAGCUGCUCUCACUGAAGUAGCCAAUUUAGUUGGGUGGGAUUCACAGAAUUACAGGAUCGAAUCUGAACUCGUUGAGGAAGUUGUCAAAGAUGUUAUGCAAAAACUGAAUUGCAUAUAUCCCCCUGAAGUGAAAGAUCUUGUUGGAAUUGACCAAAAUCUUGCUCCCAUUAAAUCCUUGUUGAGAAUCAGGUUAAGAGAAGUUCGAAUAAUAGGAAUUUGGGGCAUGGGCGGAAUAGGUAAAACAACCAUUGCCAAAGCCUUGUUUUCCAAACUAUCUUCUCAAUAUGAAGGUAGCUGCUUCUUGGAGAAUGUAAGGGAAGAAUCAGAACAGCAUUUGCUGAAUAAACUUCUUUCUGAGGUACUAGAGGAUGCAAAUCACUAUUUCGGCACACCUAUAGCAAGAUCCACCUUUGUUAUGAGGAGGCUUAGCCGAAAAAAGGUGUUAAUAGUGCUUGAUGAUGUUGACAAUCUGAAGAAGCUCGAAGAUCUUGCUGCAAAACAUAAUUUCUUGGGACCAGGCAGUAGAGUCAUUGUCACGACUAGAGAUAAGCAUGUCCUUAGCAAAGGGGUCGAUGAAAUAUACGAGGUCAAAGGAUUGCCCCUUCAUCAUGCUAUUCAGCUUUUUAGCUUAAAUGCCUUUGACAAAAGCUAUCCUGAAUCAGGUUUUGUGAUGCUAUCUAAAAUGGUGGUUGAUUAUGCAAAUGGCAAUCCAUUGGCUUUAAAAGUUUUAGGCUCAUUCCUUCAUUCUAGAAAUCUGCAACAAUGGAACAGUGCUCUGAGAAAACUCACAAAAUUUCCAAAUACAGAGAUUCAGAAUGUGUUGAGGUGGAGUUAUGAUGGAUUAGAUGAUGAUGAACAGAAGAAUAUGUUUCUGGACAUUGCAUGCUUUUUCCAAGGAGAGAAGAAAGAAACUGUUACACGGCUACUUGAUAUUUGUGGUUUCUAUGCAGAUAUUGGGAUAAGAAUCCUGCAGGACAAAGCUCUAAUAACAUUUUCAGAUGCAAAUGAAUUACACAUGCAUGAUUUGAUACAAGAAAUGGGUUUGGAAAUUGUUCGUCAGGAAUCAACCAAAGACCCUGGAAGGCGCAGCCGGUUGUGGGAUCCCGAGGAAAUCUAUGAUUUACUGAAAAAUGAUAGGGGAAGUGAUGCAGUUGAAGGCAUAAUGUUAGAUGUGUCUCAAAUAAGAGUCUUGAACUUGAGCUAUGAGAGCUUCUCAAGGAUGACCAGUCUAAGAUUCAUCAAAUUCUAUAUGGGUAGGGGUAGGACAUGCAAUCUGUUCCUUCUUUCAGGUCUUGAAUCAUUGUCUAGUAAAUUGAGGUACCUCCAAUGGGAUGGAUACCCUUCCAAGUCUUUGCCAUCGACCUUUUCUCCAGACAACCUUGUUGUGCUUUCCAUGAUGGGAAGCCAUGUUGAAAAACUAUGGGAUGGAGUUAAGGUAGUUUCUUGUAUCAUACACAAGAAGGUCAAGUUGAAUAUUUUGUUAUUAAACCCUUACAAUUCACUAUUUUUGUUGUUGCAGAGUCUUCCAAGCUUGAAAGAGAUCAACCUUCGCGCCUGCAGCAAUUUAACCAAUCUCCCCGACUUAUCUCUAGCGCCAAAUCUUGAAAGGGUAGAUCUUUCUCUUUGUACAAGUCUGCUUUGUGUUCCCACAUCUAUCAAGUAUACCAACAAACUUCUUUUGUUUAACCUGGAAUCCUGCAAAAAUCUGAAGAGUCUUCCAAGAAACAUUCACUUAUUUUCUCUUCAAAUGUUCAUUCUCAAAGGCUGCUCAAGUCUUGAUGAGUUUUCAUUGACUUCAGAGAACAUGACACGCCUGGACUUAAGAGGGACGGAUAUUGAACAUUUUCCAGAAUCACUUUGGCAACUUCUUAACCAGCUGGUUUACUUGAAUCUGGAAUCCUGUGCUAAGCUUAAGAGUCUCACAAGCAACAUUCACUUGGUAUCUCUACAAAGGCUCAAUCUUAGAGAUUGUUCAAGCCUUGAAGUUUUCUCUGUGACUUCAGAGAACAUGGAAUACCUGAAUUUGGGAGGAACAUCAAUCAAAGGAUUGCCAACAUCAAUUUGGCGAAACAAUAAGCUUUUUACUUUGGUUCUUCAUUCCUGUAAAAGACUUGUGAAUUUUCCAGACAAGCCGAAACUUGGUGAAUUGUCUCUUACUUUCAAUGAGAAAAACUCUUUUGAAGGUCCAACUGUGGAUGAACCAUGGAAUUUGUCAUCCUUAUCAGAUUUAUCACUGAAAGGAAGCGGUAUUGUGAACUUACCUGCAAGCAUCAAAGAUCUUCCAAGACUGAAAAAACUUACCUUGAUGGAUUGCAAGAAGCUUUGGUCUCUACCAAGCCUUCCAUCAUCUUUGGAAGACUUAUCCCUUGAUGAAAGAAAUAUUGAUUUUUUACCUGUAAAUAUCAAAGAUCUUUCUCAUUUGAAAAAGCUUACCAUAAUUAACAAGAAGAGGCAGUUUUCUCCACCGGAGCUUCCACCAUCCUUGAAAGAUAUAUUCCUAAAUGAAAGUAAAGUUGAUUCCUUGCUUCUGAGCAUGAAAGAUCUUUCUCAUCCACAAAAGUUUCCUCUGAUAAAGUGUAACUGGCUUCAUCCUCUACUUGAGUUUCCGCCAUGUUUGGAAGAUUUAUCAAUAAAUGAAAGCAAUAUUGAGUGCCUGCCAGUUAGCAUAAAAGAUCUUUCUCACCUGAGAAAACUAUCCUUAAUAGAGUGCCAGAGGCUUCGGUACUUGCCAGAGCUUCCCCGAUCUUUAGAACAUCUGUCUGUAAAUGGCUGUAACAUUGAGAGCUUGCCAAGGAACAUCAAAGAUCUUUCUCAUUUGCAAACCAUUACCUUAGUCGAUUGCAAGAGGCUCCGGUCUGUACCAGAACUUCCACCAUGCCUGCAAUCUUUUUGUGCAGCAGAUUGCAGAUCACUUGAGAUUGUUCCAAGUUCAAAGACUAUCUUGAUGGAAGAGAGGAUUGCCUUUUAUUACAAUUGCAUAAACUUGGAUCAGAAUUCGCGCAACAACAUCAUUGCAGAUGCCCCCUUCGAGGCAGCUUUUGCUUCCUUGAAAGAAAGAACACCUCUUGGUCCUUUGAUAUCCAUAUGUCUGCCAGGAAUUGAAAUCCCAGACUGGUUCAGCUACCAAACACCGAAUUCUGCAUUGAACAUAGAAAUUCCUCAACGGUGGUUCAUUGAUUCGAAGUUCUUAGGCUUUGCUCUAUGCCUUGUAAUUGGUGGUUCUCAUCAAAACAGCAACGAAGGCUAUGAUCCAGAUAUUAAUUGUUAUCACUUUGUAAAGCCUGCUGGCAACUAUGAUCCCAAUGAUCGCUUUCUUGGACAUUGCACAACUAUAAUGCAGGUGCCGUGGGGUUUCAAUUCAGAUCAUAUAUUCAUAUGCUACUAUCCAGCUUUCAAUGUUCCCAUCAUGCAAGAUUUCAAGGACUUAGCCAAGUACUAUGAUGCAAACAGCCUGAAUCUCAGAGUCAUUUUUAAAUUUAAGGGUCCAUCUCAAAGGUUGGACCUUGUGAAGAAGUGUGGAGUCAGACCACUAUUGAUUGCUAAUACUAAAAGGUUUCACAUUGAGACUUGAGAGUAAACUACAACCUGAAGAAAAAAGGCAAUCAGAAAGUGAAACUGGGAAUUUUGAUGAGAGAACCAAUGUGGGAUUGGUUGAGAUUUCUUGUUGGAGACCCUCUUCAUGGGACCUCCAUCGGAUCAGAGCAUUUAGUUGGGUUCCAACUUCCAAGUAGUAGGGCCCGGAUGUCGGUGGUUCAAUGGGGACAGAAAAAGAAAGAGACUAAGAGAAAGUAGCACAACCUGAGGCAACAGAAGGAAAUUCUGUCCAGUGGUUGCUGAUCAAUACAGCUAUUCUUGAAGCCAAGAUCUGACUUCACAUGUUGAACGAAAAAGAAGCUAUACUACGGGAGUUCCAAUUACAGAUAAAGCUGCAGAUGAGGACACACUUCUGUUAAUCAAGCUUUUGGAGUAUAUUUAUUUAUUAUUUUCAUGCUUGUUGAUUCCUUCCACUGGUAGAAAAAAGAUACAAAAAGUUGCAAACCCUCCAUGGAUUUCUUCUAAUUGACUCAAAUAAAUGCUAACCAUU